GGAUGAAUCGAGGAAGUGAAGAUCACCGGAAAGAAGAUCGAGCAGAUCUCCUGACAGAUCGCAUGAUGACAGGCACAAGUGGUGGGAUAGGCACAAAUCGAGAUCGUCUUCAUCUUCAAGUAGGCGACGAAGGAGAAGUAGAUCGCAUGCCGUGAGGAGAAGCGAUUUGAGUUCCCAUAUAAUAAACCAGCGCCAGGUAAUCGCGCGUGGUUUACAAUGGAACUUCGCGACGAACUGUAUGCACUUCGGCGUGAGUUGGAUAAGCUAAAGAAGAAGGUUGACAAGCUAUCCGAGGAUUUCAGGGGGGAGGUGGAUCGGCGCAAGGCGGAGUGUAACAGCUCGCUCAAGCUUAAGCAAGAAGUGGACACUGCUAUUCGGGAGUCGAACGUGUCAAAGAAUGUCACGAAGCCAUCCGAAGCUGCUGCGAAGACGCAACACGACGAAAAGACCAAAGCAGAUGAGUUUGCCAAGUUAUGCGGGAAGCACAACGUGAAAUACAAGGGCAUGACUCAGGCGAGAGUUGCGUUGAGGAAGGUUCUAGGGCUAGUUGUAGCCAUCACGGAGGAUCUGCCCGACGUUGAGGAUGACGGCGAUGAAGGGGGGGCGUCGACGGCCGCGCGCCAUUUCACGCAGUCGAAGUACUGCAAGGCUGGGGGGAUGAGAGUUCUCGCGGAACUCUGGAACGUCACGGACUACACAUUCGUGCCGUCCACUGCUCAGCGGGUGCAGAGGUGGAUGGCGGACGAGGGGAUACGAGACACGAGAGCGCCCGCGGGUGGCCAACAACAACGGAUGGACGACGGAGAGAGGGACGAGAUUCAGGACGUCCUCGAUGAGGAGGAGGGCCGCGAGGGUGGGGUCAGGGAGGGGGGGGUGGCAGACGAGGCAGACGAGGCAGUCGGAGAGCCUGACCUGCCAGGGGAGGAGGUGGUGAUGACGUCGAGAGGCGUCGGUCGAGCGGGUCCCGCUCCUAGGGCACCGCGACCUGAUAUGGAGCGCGCGAGGAGGGAGAAGAGGGCACUGGGGGAGGCUGACGUCAAGGUGCGAGACACGGGCAGGGAGAAGAGGGCUCGACAGACGACGAUUGAGGAGAUGUACGACAAGGAGAAGUUGGCCAAGUUUACAGACGCGGUUACAGGGGGUGCUGGGAUCCCUUCACAGAGGGCGAAGGUGGCGACGAUGGUGAGCGAGGUGCGCGCCACUUUCCGGCACACCGGUGCCACCAUCCUCUCCGACGGGAGGAAGUCGCGCAGCGGCAAGCCGCUCGUGAACUUCCUCGUCGGGGGCGCCAAUGGCGCCCUGCUAUACGCCACCGCCGCACGUGACGGGUCGGUCCGGGAUACAGCAGACAUUGUGUACCGUAGGUGGCGGGCCAUCAUCUUGUCCUUUCCUGCAAAGGACGUGAUCGGCUUCUGCACAGACUCCGCCGGUAACUAUACGGCGGCAGCGCGCAGAUUCGCCAUUGACCUCGAGCCCGACAUUAGGAGGAUCACUUGGCUCCCCUGCUCCACCCAUGUCUGCAACUUGAUGUUGUCAUAUAUCGGGACGCAACUGGGGUGGGUCAAGGACACCAUCAUCCGCGCUCGAGCGCUUGUGCAAUUUAUUAAAUCGCACGGCGCUGCUCACACGCUGUUUAGGAAGGUGAGCCCUCGCGUUCAGCUCGUCGAGCCCGUCGAGACACGGUUCGCAUCGGUUUUUCUGAUGCUGACGUAUCUCAAAGGCCGACGAGACGCGUUGGAGAGCAUGUUGCACGGGGAUGCUUGGGCACGCAUCCCGUGGGAGCGCAGGCUUGUAUCGCAGCAUGUGCUGCGGUUGAUGAGGAGGGUCGACGUGCCAACGGACAUGAUCGAGCCGUGCGUGUGUGAGGUUGCCAUCCGCAACCUCCACAUGCUAGAGCCCGCACAUGCCGCGGCCCACCUCCUCAACCCUGGUCGACGGUUCCUCACGUAUUACGAGUCGUUACAGACGACCGCCGACGACGCCCGUGUGGUCGAGGAAUGCGACAAAUUUCUCCUGGCGCGGACCGGCGGCGAUUCGGUGGGUAGACUGUACAGGACCGUGAGGAACCAGAUGAGGCACUUCCACUCGAGGCGAGGAGAUUGGGGAGAUCGGUCCCUUUCCGGUGCCGAGGCGGACGAUUGCAGGGGGGACCGCGAAACCGAGCGUUGUGCGGCGUGGUGGUUUGACCAUGGACGUGCCCACCCGGAGUUGCGCACCAUCGCCAUCCGUGUCAUGCACUUGUGGAUGUCUGCCUCUCCAACGGAGAGGAACUGGGCGCAACAGGAGCGCAUCAACACGGCGAGGCGCGUCAAGCUUGGGUUUGCCAAGCUUGCACAGUUGGUUGAGAUUGUCACCAAUCUCAAACUGGCCUCGUGCGCACGGCAGGGUGGUGGGUACGUGUUGCCAUGGGUUAUGGGGACCGGUCGGGAGGGGACGACUGCAGAGGACGAGGAUGAGGAAGGAGACGUGGAGCCCGAGGACGUGUUUGGCAAGAGGGCGACGAAGCUGCGACCGUGGCCGGAGGGUGGGGAUGAUGCGGACGCUCAUGUGGGAGACGACGGCAUCGACGACCAGUGGACAGACGAUGAUGACGCGUCGCCACUCAAUGACGACAUCGACGACCAGUGGACAAACGAUGAUGACGCGCCGCUGAGUGGCGACGCGACGGCUGAGCGGGUGUACUUCACUUACGGUGGGGGACGUGACGACAUGGCUUCAUUCACAUCAGUUAUCACUGCUGAUGUGCCGUCGACCGGACAGGCGAGUGGCAACAGCAGAGUCGGCGGUCGUCGUGGAGGACGUUCGCACGUGGAGGUUGGCGUCGACGACUCGGGGGAGCAGGAGCCACGGGGAGGCCUUCAGCAGACAGGCAGGCAUUGGGAGGUUAAGAGUGACAAUGAGGCCGAGGAAGAGGCCGAGGAUGAGGAGGUGCACCUUCCCGAUCGUCACUUCUCUCCCUCCCAUCAUCCGAGCACUGCACAGCCCGAGGCACUUAGGCGUUCGGAGAGGUUGGCGUCGACAGCAGGUAGAGACCGAACACAUGACGGCGAGGAUCGUGGGGGGGAGAGGACUCCUUCCGACGCCGGUAUCCGCCCCCGCUCGCCGUCGGAGCUCCGCACACACGACUCUGACGUUGGAGGACUUGGUGGGGGCUUGGGAGAUUUCAGUGCCGAGGGACGUCGACUUCAGGGGGAGUUCGUUGAUGAGGGACAGGAUGCCGUCACGGGUGGUGGGUCAGGUGGUGGACGACGCGGCGAUGGGGAGACCGCGGGUGAUGAGGGGCAGGAUGUUGUUUUGGGCGGUGGGUCCCCUUGUGGAGGACGUGGCAACGGCGAGACCGCGGGUGAUGAGGGACAGGGUGCUGCCGUGUGUGGCAGGGGAGAGGGUGGACCCGGUGGAGAUGGGGAUACCGCGGGGGAGACGAUGGACUGGACGGAGAUGAUGACGACGACCACGAAGGCGGCACCGGGAGUUGCGCAUAGUGGUGGUUCCCCGCCGACAGUCCGAGGUGGUGUAGGUGGCGGAUGGUCAACUGUUCGUCGGGUCGGGGACCGGUUGCGGGCGGAUUACGAUGCCGGGAGGGGCGUCUUCGCGGGACGUACGCCAGUUCAGACGCAGGCUGCAGAGGGUGGGUGCGGACGUCCGAGCCUGCAGAUGGCAGGCCGCAUGCUCGGUUUGUCACGAGCGGCGACGAGGAGAUUAUUGGUCCUCGAGGCCGCAGGGACAUCCACAGACAUGCUGCGGGGACAGCAGUACACAUCGGGCGAGGAGGGGUUGUUGAUGCGUCCUGGGACGAGACGACAGCGCGGCCUCUCGGAGGUUGAGGCUCGACUCGCGACAGAGGUCACCGCUGACCAGGCAGCACUGAACGCGAUUCAGAGGGAGAGAGAGAUAGAAAUUGCUGCACGGGCGGCGGAGGACGAGGACGCAGACACAGAGUCCGAGCCGAUCGAGACUGUGGCCCGCAGACACAGGGCACAGGUGGCCGCGGCAGCCGCUGCAGCACAGGCGGCAUACCUCAGCGGGGCACAGGGCACAGGUGCCGGAGGGAGAGGAGGGCGCCGGGGAGGACCGCAUGGCCGCCCGUCCUCCGGGAGAGACCGCGCGCGCUCUGGAGGGAGAUGACGACGUCCGUGUUUUUUUUUUAUUUCCUUAGUUUUUUUUUUUUUGCGUGGCUGGACGCUCUGUCAGCAGGGUUGUUGCAUAUUUAUGUCGAUGUUGUUCCAUGGAGACGACGACAGUAUGUGGACAUUAGGGUUUCUUUUUUUUUUUUUUUUUUUGCUACUCGGUUGUACGGUAGAGACGACGGGUUCAAUUUUUGGCUUCAACCUUGUACAUACGCAUUUCCAUUGAAAUGCGUUGUCAUUCAUUUGCUCUUGUUCGUGUUCCUCUCCCAACCUUGGUUUUGCAUCUGAGUCGCUGUUGUUUGGUGAGUGGUUUCUGGUUUGUUGUCGUGAUUGUUGCAAAUUAUGUGCUUCUCCGAUGCCACGCACCUGCAUGUCAUGGAUGCCUCAAUUAUGAAUGUGCUGUUAAUUUCGGAUGCCAAAUAGGGAUGAUGUGCUAAUGAAUGUGUUUUUACACA